AUGCAAGGGCUUCUAAAGGGGAUCGUCUUCGCAUUGGCUGCAUGGGCGAACGGCUCAGCCGCCAGAAGCAUUCAGCAACAGCCCUCAGCUAGCAAUGGCGCUUCUGUGAACAUAUGUCCUAGAGAUAUGGAUACCAGUUGGGUAGAUGCUAUCAAGACAGAACUGGUGCCAAAGCUGUCACCAGAGGCCAAGGUCUAUCUCCCUGGCUCUCGCGACUUUGACAAUGCCAGCGUUCGAUGGUCUGCCCUCGAUAAACCGAUGGUCAGUGUGGCCAUCGAGGUAACCGUUGCUCAGGAUGUUGUUGAAACCGUCAAAUUUGCAAACAACAAGAAUGUUCCGUUCCUUGCUUUUAACUCUGCCCAUGGCGCCCUCACCACCUUGGGCAAGAUGGAUAGUGGUAUUGAGAUCUUUAUGAAACAACUCAACAGUGUCGAAAUCGCCCAGGAUGGUAAAUCGGUCAAGGCCGGAGGUGGAAUAAACUCCAAAUACCUCGCCGACAAGCUCUGGGAUGCAAAUAAGCAAGCCGUGACCGGAACCUGCGAGUGUGUCAGUUAUCUUGGACCAGCUCUCGGAGGCGGCCACGGUUGGCUUCAGGGCCACCAUGGACUCAUUGCGGACCAGUUCUUGUCCAUGGACGUUGUCCUUGCCGAUGGCACCCUCAAGACUAUCACUCCCAGCACCGAUCUCUUCUGGGCUAUGAAGGGCGCUGGCCAUAACUUUGGCAUCGUCACCUCCGUCACGCUCAAGAUUUACGAUAUCGAGCACACCAACUGGGCCAUCGAGACACUGACCUUCUCCGGCGACAAGGUCGCGGCAGUCUAUACCGCCGCCAACAACCUCGUGAAGAACCAGCCCGAGGGAGUUAUCCAGUGGUCAUACUGGCUCAACAACCCCAGUGCUGAUGCCAACAACCCUGUUAUCAUCGUUUACCUCAUCCAAGAGGGCGUCUCGACAGUUGAUUCGGCCAUCACCAACCCAUUCCAUGACAUUAACCCAAUCUCCGCUGUUCCCGACUCAGGCACAUACAAGGAUCUGGGCAGAUGGACCGGUAUCGCCCUCGACUCUCCUCCAUGCCAGAAGACUGGUGCCUCCAACCCUCGCUUCCCCAUCUACCUGCAGUCCUUCAACGUUUCCGCCAUGAAGCAAGCCUACACCCUGUACGCCGCUGAGACCAACAUCGCUGGCCCCUUCCAUAACUCUAUUUUCAUGUUCGAAGGCUACUCUACUCAGGGCGUCAAGGCCGUCGACGCCGCGUCCACCGCCUACGCCUUCAGAGGAGACAACCACCUUGCCGCCCCUCUCAUCAGCUACGACUCUACCGGCUCUGAUCUCGACAACAAGGCCGUCGCCCUCGGCCAAAAGCUGCGUGAUAUCCUGCUCAAGGGCAGCGGCCGCUCCGAGCUCCACACGUACGUCAACUAUGCUUUUGGCAGCGAGACGCCGCAGCAAUGGUACGGCUACGAGCAAUGGCGUCAGGACAAGCUCAAGGCCCUGAAGCAGAAGUAUGACCCCAACGGCAAAUUCAGCUUCUAUGCACCGGUCGCAUGA